AUGAGGUCACACGCCGAGGUGGCAUUUAUCAGCCUCGCGCUGGGUCUUAUCAGUUCUGGAACAGCUGCACAUCGAUGCUGCUCCGGUGAAUCUUACGCUGUGUGCUCGACUCGAAAAAAAGGGAUCUUGGUUGUCAAUUUAAAUUCAUCCCGAAAUUGCGUCCCAAUUGUCAAAGAGGAGGGGCCCAUUCGGCGCUCCUUGAAGUCCUUAGAAAAGAUUGAGGAUGAAUGUGUGACAGUUGGCUUAGUCCUGUCGCGUUUCCGCCCAUCCUUUGUCAAGCAAAGUGUUUGCUACUGGGCACUUACUUCGCCAGACAACUCAACUGAAAUCCAACCUGGUCUUAUCAAGGUUCCAAGCUUUGCUACAUGUCUGGAAGGAUCCUACGAUCAUCGCCAAAAGCUGAAAGGAUGCAGUCUUGACCUGGCCCGAGCACAAGCAUUCUGUUAUUGUCGAGGCGACAAAUGCAAUAAAGUUAUCAACUUCAACAAUACUGAAGAGUUUCUGCGACGAUACGGUCCAAGAUCCGUGGAUUAUGUCGAUUUUUAUGAGGCGUCGACCGAGCCCCCUGAAUUUGUCUACUCUGGAUAUGAUCCGCUCGUCAUUCCGAAUCCUGGGCUCAUGAUUGCGGCUGUGCUGAUUUCAAUGAGCCUUGCCUGUCUUCUGGUGAUGAUCUGCGCGUACUCUUAUUUCCGCAUGGCAAAGGCCCUUGGGCUUCAUCCCAAACUGAUGCGCAAGUACCGCCCCACGGACGAAAUCAGGGACCAACAAGUUCAAAAUUGCAAUACGCAAUCAAUUCAAGAAAAACUUCUAUCAAUUCAUUACGAAGAAUCCAGCUCACGUGAUUCCGGCAUUCCGACAACAGUUCUUCACGACUCGUUAGAAGUCAGCACUGCCCAUUCUCCGACCUCCUCCAGAACAGCGAGUACAGCUGCGACGUCGCGUUAUUACAGUGACAAUAUCAGAUUUGACAGUGUGAUCGGCCAAGGUCGGUUUUCCACUGUUUGGAAAGUCAAGUGUUUAAAUGAGCCGGGAGAUUUCUGUGUGAAAGAAUUCAACGCUUCGGAAACUUCGCCACUUUAUCAAUCAAAGCACGUGAUCCGGCUUCUUUCCUCCGUUGAGCACAAGAGUGAAACUGGCCGCAACUCUCUUUGGCUCGUCUUGCCAUUUUACCAAAACGGCGAUCUCCAGCAAUAUUUGAAGAAGACCUCUCCUUGCACUCUUUUGCUGAUGGAAUUGACGCUCUCCUUGUUGUCUGCAGUGGAGUUUAUUCAUUCAGAAAAAGAUUCUUUUGGAUGCCUGCGGAUGCCAAUGGCUCAUCGGGACAUAAAGUCAUCAAAUAUUCUGGUCAAUGACUGUGGAAAAAGCGUUAUUCUGGCCGACUUUGGUUUAUCGAUGAGACUAUCUCCAGAUAUGUACAGUACUGCAUCGUCUAUUGGGCAAGCUGGAACGAGUCGUUACAUGAGCCCAGAACUACUCGACCGAUACUCAGACUUAUCAAAUCCUGAGAGCUUCAAACAAGUCGAUUUAUACGCCCUGAGUCUUGUUAUUUGGGAAAUUUUGAAUCGCUCGAAGUUUUCGAAUAUGCACGAAGCACCAGAAUACGCUGCUCCUUAUUCUCAUCUGGUCUGCGAUCAGCCAAGUAAAGAAAUCAUGCGAACAGUCGUUGUGUCUAAGAAUCUCCGACCGAGAAUACGACCAAAUUGGACCGAAGAUGAAAUUGGAAAGUUUUUUGUUCAAAUGAUUGUUGAAAUGUGGGAAAAAGACCCAGAGUCGAGAUUGCCCGCUGGAAGUGCACGCCAACGACUUGAGAAAUUCUACGCCUCUUAUCAAUAA